AUGGCCUCAGAUCCGCCAGAGGAGGCGUUGCACUUCCGCGGCAAGACGCUGACGCCAGAGAGCCCGCGUCCGCUGCACAUCGCAGAGCCGUCGAAUAUACCCCUCCUCCAGAACCAGAUGGACGCAGCGUACCAUGAUACGUCGGCCUUUGAGAGCAUCCCAGACGUCAAGGAGCACACGUUGAACCCGGCGCUGGUUGUGCAGGGACUACAGCCGGUAGAUGAGUUCUCGACGCAGGCAUACUCGCUGCUGCAGAGCGGGCUGGAGCAGAUGAAGACGUCGAGUGGCGCUGCUGGACCAAGUGCUAUCACAGGUAGUUUCCCUGGAUCUAAUACUAAAGCGGAGGGCAUAAUAUCAGAGAAUGAAUCGAUCUUCACUUCUACUACUCGUGACGAGAUUUUGACUAGUUCACUUUCAUCUCCAGUGCCUGACCCUAAUCCUGAUCCCGCUUCCCAUAUCAAUAUCAAUACCGCCGCCCCAGCAGAGGAGGAUUCUUCAGCAGCCGCCCAACUUGGCUCUAACCAUGUUAUAGGUCGUUCCGAUGCUCUCGAUUUGUAUCAAGCCGCUUCUGGUCCUGCCCUUCCUUCGUAUGACUAUCAACAGCCCCAGUUGUGCACAGAACCUGAAGCUAUUGGUUAUUCCCUGGGAGUAGGGGCUGCUACUACAGCACACAAUUCAGGUGAUAUAAAUCCUGAUAUCUCUCAGACUUCUCCUCUCAAUACUGCUGUCACCUAUCGGAGCUUGCUUGAAAGCAAUGCGCCCUCAUCUUUUACCACCACCACCACUGCAGCCCAUCCCGCAGAGCCCAUAAACCAGGUGCCCACUCAUAACCUUGGUGAUAUCCCUUCCAUCCCUGACCUGUCCCUGCCUUACCCAUCUACACUCCCUCCUCGCCCACCAGUCCAUAACUACGAAGCCAUUCCACCCAGCCAGACAGACACAGGUAGUGGUCAUCUAUUUGAAUCAUCAUAUAACCCGUCCUCUAAAGAGACCUCACAAGAUGGUCAAAGUAAUAGUCACCCCCAGAGUGGCUAUCCGCCGGUCAUGAAUACAACCAUGUCAGCAGCUCCCCCAGCUACUGCAGCAUCUCAACAGGCGCCAUCAAAGUCUCAUUCUAGAAAGGUAUCUGGCAGUUCACGGAAGCGUGAUAGCUAUGAUGAGAAUAUCGAGUCCAAAAGAGGUGACCAACAGGAUGAUACCCCCUGGGGCCCGGAAAUUCAGAAAAAGUAUGACGACUUUCUCCGUGAUGAACGAGUGUACGUUACCGAGGCGCAUUGGGAUCGAUUCCCCGUCGGAUCGCGACUAUUCAUCGGUAACCUUCCCACCGAAAGGGUGACGAAACGGGAUUUAUUCCAUCUCUUCCAUAUGCAUGGCAAACUAGCUCAAAUAUCGAUCAAACAAGCCUAUGGCUUUAUUCAAUUUCUGGAGCUUGACUCGUGCCGCAAAGCACUACAAGCUCAGCAGGGAGCUACUAUCUUGAAAUAUCGAAGCCACAACGAAGCGCUCGCAACUCUGGCCCAGCCGAACCUGGAGGACGUAAUCUGCGAAGGUCAAGGUCACCGGAAUAUGAGAGAAACAGAGAACCAGCUCGUGGCGGUCGCUCUGCAGCCGACCGAGAAAAAGACCAGCAUCGGUACCGUGACAGAGCCUCUCGAUCCCCCUCUCCCCGUGGCCCACGUCGAGAUUCGUAUCACGCCCGGGAACGAAGCUUUGACCGAUAUGACCGCCGUGAUAGGCGACGGUCGAGGUCGCCCCGUCCACGGAAUGCGCGCCACCGUAGUCCUAGCCCAAGGGACAAAGGGUAUGACAGCGAAUCUGACCUACCAAUCCCAAGAAGGGAUCCGCGUAACGUCCCUGAGGUCCAGGUCAUUGUUCUGGAAAAUGCAGAUAAUGAAUUCGUUUAUCGCGUUGAGAACGCUUUCCGGGACCGCGGCCUCCGAUGUGAUGUAUUAA